AUGUAUGCAGGGUGCUAUGGAAAGACCCUGCAUAUAUGCACUCAGAUCGGAAACUUUGUUCACGAUGUCACAUCGUGGAACAAAAGUGGACAAUAUUCCCGAUCUGAGUACAUGUAUGCAGGGUGCCAUGGAAAGACCCUGCAUAUAUGCCAUCAGCAUCCAAUUAACAAAGUAUUUCAUAAAGUAUGCGUUCCAACCAUAUUUAUUUGCUCAGUUGCGUUGCUUUUCAAUCUUCAUCCAAUAAUUUUAGGAUUAUUCACUAUUGGAGCCGCAAUAUUUUAUUUUUCGCUUUCUCUCAAAGUAAUGCUUGGGAUGGCUGCAUUCUUUUCUUGCAUUGUCACAUUUUUAGUUUUUUAUCCUGUUACCUGGUGGGUUUGGCUUUUAAUCUUUGGAAUAGCUUGGGUAGGGCAAUUUAUUGGACACCAUGUUGAAGGUAAAAAGCCAUCAUUCUUUACAGAUCUCCUGUUUUUAUUAAUAGGCCCUGUUUGGGUCUUCUAUUCUAUACUUGGAAUAGCCCCACCACCACAAAAAUCAGAAUAA